UGCAGAAGAAAGAAAGUAAAGCUCUUUUAAUCCUUUCUGCAGCAAGAUCCAAGAAAGGUGAGACGGAUUGCCGCAGGAGCUCCUGCAAGAAAACAGAGCAAACAGGGACUGAUUAGAUAUUCUUUUGUCUUCAGUGUAGAUUAUCGCACCAAACAAGCAGCACCUUUAAACUGUGUGUCAAGGACUUUCUAUUAAAUGCAUAAAAGAAAUGGAACACUUGAAAAUGACAAGGACAGCUGAUGGCUAAGCAGUGUACUCCUAUCAACUUUAAUUGCCUGUUUGUUAGCUUUAGACGAUUCUAACCUCUGCCUUGCUGGAUAUCUGUUAAACAAAGCAAACUGAAAUGGGAUGUACACCAUCGCACAGCAGUAAACUACAAAAUAUUACCAAAAACAGUUUUGGAUCAUUUCGAAAAGGAAAAAAACAUUAAACCAUCAAACUGACAGGAGCGACAGCUUGACAGGAACUCAGUCUGAAGAUGGAGGUGCUUCAUCUAGCCACAGUGAAACAGACAGUGAAACAUGGCAGAGAAAGAGUGGAUGUUCACUGGUUGAAGGGGUAAGCCAUCCUAGUCAGUCUAAUUUAUCUUUUGAUGGGUCAGAAUGCAAACCACUGUCUGCCGUCAGGGGUUCUUUGGAGCAGGUUUGUACAAAUAAGGUUGGUGUACAAGAAAUUAAUAUUAAUAUGACCCAGGAGAAGGAAGAGGAUAAAAUAAAAUAUGAAACACAAGCAGUGGAAUCAUGUGAUGAGAAGAAUGCAAAAAAAGUUUGUAGAAAACAAAAGAAAGUAAAAUCUGGCAGAACUGGCAAGAAGGGCAAAGAGAGGUCAUCUGUUCAUGAGCAGAAAGUGGACUUCCCCGAACUCUUGGUUAAGGCUCACCAGUCUGCCUAUGCCUACUUAAAUCCUAGUAUAUCUAAAUAUGAGACCUUGUUGGACUUGCUGGACCAAGCAGCUCGUACCCAUUUUCAGCUUCAGCAGAUGGUCAGCUUCUUGGCCUUAUGUUAUGAACAGCUAAACCAAGUACUGGAGGAGAUCACUGGUGACGGAGAGAAGCUGCUCAAAGAAUAUGGUGAACACUUGUCUUGGCCUAUUGAAAAAUGGGCCACCCAACAAAAGCAUCCUCCUCCUGAUCUGCUUCAGCAGCUGCUACAGUAUACAAUUCAACGAAUGCAGUCUGUGGGCAAAGCUGUUGGGGAAGUCUCUGAUUCUGCUCUAGCAGACAUAACUGACUAUUUUGAAUCCGCAUCUGACCUGAUGGCUGAAAAGCUGAGAGUAAAGCGUAUGCUGGAAGAUCGAUUGUGUAAAGUCUUGGUGUGGAUUGAUACAUCAGCAAUCCGAAAACCAGGGCCUGAAGACAUGGCACUCUACUCUGAAGAUAGUGGCAUUGGAGUGGAGAGUGAGUCUUUGGGCGGUUCAGAGAAACCAACACAGCACAGAAACAGUUGUGAGUCUGCAAAGCUGAAUUCAUCUGAGACAACUCAAGAAGCAGGCAGCUUAUCUUUACAAAAAUCAAACCACCAAAAGGAGAAAAUCCACAGUAGUGUUUCUUUAAACUCCUUGGACUCUAAUGGCCAUACUGCUAGUGUAGAAACAGAAUCUCUGUUUAGUAUGGCUUCAAUGGAUGAGGAUGAUGAUAAUUAUGAAGAUGAUUUAGAUGAUGAAGAUGGGCUGGAUGAGAAAAAUAUAAAAGAAUGCUCUCAUUCCACACCAGCUAGUCCAAGCUUUUUAUCUCGACCAGCCCAAAAAUGGAUAGAGAACCCUGAAAACGUAGAGAUGACGCUAAAAAUGAAACAUGCCAUCAGUGGCCGAAUACGUUUCCUUCCAGAACAGAAUCUUAGCAGUAGAAGUGUCAUGGGAAGUAGAUAUACCACACAGUGGAAAGAAGAGGAGGAAGAAGAGGAAAAAACAAGAAGGCCACAAACAGCGUCAGCUUCAACAACAGGGAAAAAAUCAAAGGCAACAAAACAGAGGCGCACAAGAUCAGCUGAAUCUCUACGUAGUCAGGAGGAGGAUCCCACCCUCCUUGAACUCCAGAGAACACAGAAAGAUCUGAGUCGUCGAUUAGAAAAAAUGUCAGAGGGUAAAACAGAACAUGUAAAGUUGACUAAACCAAAGAUGGGAAGAGAGCAGACUCUCUUAAAUACAACUGCUAAUAACCGUCUUCGAUCCUCUCUAGCCAAAAACUUUAGUAUACUACCUAGUCAAGACAAGCCCAUCCUUCAAAAGGCAGGGUCAAAAGAAAUGACUGAGCAAGAGAAGAGAAAAGAAAAGAAGCCAAGCAAGGGACCUUUUAAGGGCCACUCCACCAUUCCAGUGGCUUCUCAACAUGGCAGACAGUCUGUGAAAAAACUAAUUGAUACUUUUAGUCAGGGAAAGGAAAUGGGUAAUAACUUAAUUCCUUUAAAACCUCUUGCUCCUCUAAAGGGAAUACGAAAAUGUGGGGUUCUUGUUUUUCCUUCCGUGGGCUGCCAUGAAUUCUCUUCAAUCAAUAGAACAGAAAACAACAAUAAACUAGUAACCAUGAGAACAGAUAGCAAGGCAGAUGAUGUGGACUUUGAUAGCUUUCCUCCGCCUCCACCAGAAGUGUUGAUGGACAAUUCAUUUCAAGUUUCUGAAGAGCUACAGAAGACUACAGAUGGUUCUCCAUCAUCCUUAAGCAACUGUACCACUAGAAGAAACCUUCUCAAUCAACAAAAGGCAACUUUCUCAGACAGGCUGAGGGCCUCCCUUACCUCUGUCAACGUUCUUCCAAGUAAGGGAACUCUUUGUAGAGGUUCUGUAAAAAUUUCUCCACAGAAGUGUAUGAACCAGGAUUCAAGUUCAAGGCGCAGUUCUUUAGAUUCUCAGGGUGAUACUGAGCCUGAGACUGAAAAUGAAGAAACGGCCUCUCUCUAUAGACAAGCAAGGAAGAUUAUUCACUUGAGGCAUUCUACUGAAUCUCCUACUAAUGUUCCUGACUCAUCAGAACCUUCCAACAAAAAGGAAGAAGACACUCCCUUCUCUGGUAGUGAAAAACCCUUGAUUUAUCAAGACAACAUCAGUACUGCUGCUACUGAAAAAUUACCCAGACCACCUAGAGGCCCACCAGACAACAUUAUUCAAUCUUCACUAGCCCAACAAAAGCACUCUUCUACUCCUUUGAGCCCUACAGCUGUACAACGAAAGCUUCCUAGUCCUCCAGUGAUUCAUCGUCAACCAGCUUCAUCUUCAGCUAGUCCUCCUAUGAGUCGAAAACUACCCAGCCCACCUACAACCAGAAAACUACCUAGUCCCCCACAGCAAAGGAAAUUACCUCAUACUCCAUCCCAGUUAAGUAACCAGGGGAGCUACACUUCACGUGUUAUUGGUAAUGCUCACUCCAUCUUUUGCCCUGUGACGUCGUCUAUGUUUCAGGCCCAACCUCCUACCCAAGCCUCACAAGCCUGGUCCAUCCCCAACACUAGUAUUCUGCCCAGACCAUGGGGAGAUCAAGCUCGCAACAGAAAUACUCUAGGAACAGUCACGCAAAGCCCCCAGCCUUUCAUCCGACGCAGCUACUCUGAUCGCAGGCCUGUUGUACAGCUCAAACUACCCCAGUACUCUGCUUCUUCAAUCACCUCAGGUAGUGAGCCAACCAUCAGCACUCAAGGGUCAAUGGAGAGCUUAGCAAAUGAUGAGGAACCAUGGGAUGCUCAACACCUGUCUGAACUCCGGAUGGCUAAUCGGUCCGCCUCUCAACCUGAACUGUGUGUAGUGGGACAGUCUAUCCAGAGGGAAUGAAGCCUAAGACUCUAAAUGUAAAAUAACCACCAGACUCUUGGUUAUGUUCUUUUUAUACUUUUUGUUUAAACAGGUUUUUAUGUAUUUGUGCUCUUUUUAUAUAAGGAUGAUAGUUUAUGGAUUUUUAUACUAAAGGGAUUUACAGUUUU